AUGUCAUUAACGUUCUGUCCUCACUGCAGCAAUGCACUAACCAUCUCCCGCGCGGAACCUUCUUCAAGAUACCCCCUAGGCGUCAAUCGGUUUGAGUGCCGCACCUGCCCCUACCAGUAUAUCAUGGACAAGAAAUACUACGAGAAGGUACCCAUGAAAGGGAAGGAGGUUGAAGAUGUCUUUGGGGGCAGCAAGGAAUUCGAGAAUGCAGAUACUGUGGCCACUCAAUGUCCUGCCGAAAACUGCGGUGGAGACCGCGCGUACUUUUUCCAACUACAGAUUCGGAGUGCAGACGAGCCUAUGACUACGUUUCUCAAGUGUACCAAGUGCGGGGCUCGGUGGAGAGAAAAUUGA